AUGUGGGAUCUUCCGGGACCAGGGAUCGAACCUGUGUCCCCGCUUAGGCAGGCGGAUUCUGUACCACCAGGGGAGUUCCAAGAGGUGACAUUUUGUUCUUUGGUAUUUCAUUGGCAUUAUGACAGGUGUUUCCCUCACGUGCUUCUAUAUUUUGUGUACCUACCCCUAACAGCUGCAUCUUAAUUAAUCCUGGGCACAUUCUAUAAUUUAUGGACCGUUUCUCUGUUGUUGACGGUGAAGUGGGUUGGCCAGGAGGCCCCUACAAAGGCAGAAGACACAGAUCAUUCCGGGAGGCGGAGCCAGGAAGACCCUAAGCGAGGCCGCGAGGAUGGGGCCGCCGGUUUCACACACUUGGCCAUUUUUCUGUGGCUAACCGUAUUGGGCGUUGAGCGGAAGCAGCGAGAUCUCCGGGCUCAGGAAGGGCGCGCGGGUCCUAAGGUGGGGCGCGGGCGCGUGGCGCCACCGUUCGUGGCCAGGCCGGGCUCCGAGAUGGCCUCCCAGCCCCCGGGCGCCCCCAGCUCCGCAAAAGCCCUGGACCAGGACGGGAAGACAGCGCUCCGGAGAAGUAACGUGCAGCUGUCCUCGCUCCACAUCCGCGACGGUGCGCAUCGGCCCCGCAAGCUGCCCUGGGUAGCCCUGGUCAGGGCCUGCGGCCGCUUCAAGCUCUUGCUCUUGGAGGCGCGGCGGGGCCGGCUGCUGUCCUCGCUUAACCCCCUGGCCGUGGGCAAUGACUUGCCACCGCCGAAGAAGCACUGGAUGCCUGAGAAGGCAGCGUUCUGGGGCGACCAGGAACCCCUCUCCAAGAUCCCAUUUAAAAUUAUGAGGGGACACCAGCACAUUGUGAGUUCCUGUCACUUCUGUGUGGAUGACACAAAGGUCCUCAGUGGCUCCUAUGACUGCACCGUGAAGCUGUGGGAUGCCGUGGAUGGAUCUGUUGUUCGGAAUUUUGAGCCGGGGCCCGGAGCUCCUGUUUUAGAAUGCAGCGUCACGGCUGACAGCAGAAGAAUUAUUGCAGCAUCUUACGACAAAACAGUGAGGGCUUGGGACCUUGAAACAGGCAAGCUGCUGUGGAAGCUCAGUCAUGAAACCUUCAUAGUCUCCUGUAAGUUUUCCCCCGAUGGUAAAUACGUGGUCUCAGGCUUGGAUGUGGACCAUGGAAUCUGUAUAACAGACGCGGAAGACACCACCACCGUGUCCCACAUCAAAGAUCAUCACAGGAUGUCGGUCACAGCGUGCUGCUUUGACCCAGACAGCCAGAAGGUGGCUUCCGUCUCACUGGACAGGAGCAUCAAGAUCUGGGAUGUGACAUCCCAGGCCACGCUGCUCACCAUCACCAAAGCACACACCAAUGCAAUCUCAAACUGCUGUUUUACCUUCAGUGGCCAUUUCCUGUGUACAAGCUCUUGGGAUAAAACCUUAAAAAUAUGGAACGUCCAUACAGGGGAGUUUCGAAACCGUGGAGCCUGUGUGACUCUGAUGCAGGGUCAUGAAGGUUCUGUGAGCUCCUGCCACUUUGCCAGAGACACCUCUUUGCUUGUGUCUGGAGGGUUCGACAAGACUGUGGCUAUUUGGGAUGUAGGAGAAGGCUACCGGAAGCUCUCCUUGAAGGGCCAUAAUGACUGGGUGAUGGAUGUUGCCAUCAGCAACAACAAGAAAUGGAUCCUGUCUGCUUCGAAGGAUAAGACCAUGAGACUAUGGAAUAUUGAAGAAAUUGACCGAAUUCCUUUGGUAAUCGAGUAUAAAAAGGCCCGGGGCUUAAAGCUGAAACAGUGUGAAGAAUGUGACAGGCCUUUCUCCAUCUACGAAAGUGACAUCUUUUCUGAAACAGUCACCAAAUGUGUGUUCUGCCGGUUCGAUGCAAAAGACUUGUCAACAGAGGCCUCACCAUCAUCAGAGGGGGAGGUCUCACUGUCAAGGGAGUGCAGCCUGGGUGAGGAUGGCUGAUGGCCACUGGAGCCUUUGGGUGACUCAAGCACAGGCCAUCUGUCAUAUAGGUUUCGGGGCUCUGCACAGGCCUUUCUCUGGGGCCCCUCCCCAGCGGGUGGGCCUGUCAGGCUGGGGCAGGGGCCACGCUCUGGCUGGGCUCCCACCACUGUGCCGCCUCCUCAGUUCCACAGCCCCUUGGGGAUCCCUCUGUCUUUAGUUU